GCGGCACCGCGGUGCGCAGGCGCAGCCGUCGGUGGGUCGGGGUUCGGCCGCCUGAGAGAUCCUAAAGACCCCCGGGUGUCGCCUCUUCGCAUCUCAAAAUGGACAACAAGAAGCGCCUGGCCUACGCCAUCAUCCGGUUCCUGCACGACCAGCUCCGGCAUGGGGGGCUCUCGUCUGACGCCCAGGAGAGCCUGGAAGUGGCCAUCCAGUGCCUGGAGACCGCCUUCGGGGUGACGGUGGAAGACAGUGAUCUGGCACUCCCUCAGACUCUUCCAGAAAUAUUUGAAGCAGCCGCCACUGGCAAAGAGACGCCGCAGGACCUGAGGAGCCCCGAGCGAACCCCGCCUUCGGAGGAAGACUCGGCCGAGGCAGAACGCCUCAAGACUGAAGGAAACGAGCAGAUGAAAGUGGAGAACUUCGAGGCUGCGGUGCACUUCUACGGAAAAGCCAUCGAGCUGAACCCGGCCAACGCCGUCUAUUUCUGCAACAGAGCCGCGGCCUACAGCAAACUGGGGAACUACACCGGGGCGGUGCAGGACUGCGAGCGGGCCAUCUGCAUAGACCCGUCCUACAGCAAAGCCUACGGCAGGAUGGGCCUAGCGCUUUCUAGUCUGAACAAGCACACGGAGGCCGUGGCCUACUACAGGAAGGCCUUGGAGCUGGACCCCGACAACGAGACGUACAAGUCGAACCUCAAGAUAGCGGAACUGAAGCUGAGAGAGGCGCCCAGCCCCACGGGAGGGGUUGGCAGCUUCGACAUCGCCGGCCUGCUGAACAACCCGAGCUUCAUGAGCAUGGCGUCAAACCUAAUGAACAAUCCCCAAGUUCAACAGCUUAUGUCCGGGAUGAUCUCCGGCGGCCACAACCCCCUGGGGACUCCCGGCACCAGCCCCUCGCAGAACGACCUGGCCAGUCUCAUCCAGGCGGGCCAGCAGUUCGCCCAGCAGAUGCAGCAGCAGAACCCCGAGUUGAUAGAACAGCUCCGAAGUCAGAUCCGAAGUCGGACCCCCAGCGCCAGCAACGACGACCAGCAGGAGUGACCGCCCACCCCUCCCAGCCACAUCGGGCCCUUCCCAGCCAACUGGAAGCCUUCUCACGUUUUGCUGUUUUCUCCCAUUGGACUGCCUGCCCAAGAGAGAAAAAAGAAAUUGGACCUGCAUGUUAAGACAGAUUUUUAUUAUUUUUAGUUUUUCCCUUCGCCCCCCCCCACUUUGUACUCUCUCACGGCCCACAGACCCUUCUCGAAACAGAGCCAGCAGCUGUGAACACAGACCAGCACCAGUCUCCCUCCUGGCCCCUUGACAACCCAGUCACUAAAGUAUUUUCUAGAAUAUUCCAGGGCAAGGGUAGUCUGCGUGCCGCUUUCCAAGAAGCGGCCAGUUUUAUGUCAGCCCACGUCGGGGGUACCUCGGCUCCGGAAGCCCCUUUCUGCAGCUCCUGCCGCCCUUGAUCUGUCUUCAGGGGCCUUCCAGCCCUGUGAGAAGCCGCUUUGUGAGUCGACCUUGGCCGCCCGGCCAUGCCUACUCGGACGAGCUCACUGCCAGCCACGGCCUGGGCGCCUGGGUCCGCCCGGCCCUCGGACCGCGGGUUUUUGCAUGAGGAACUCUUUAGUUGCAGCUUCCUACAAGACGAUUUCCGUUACCCUGUGCCCUGUCAGGGGCAGAACCGGGACGUCCUGGGGGCCCAAGACAAGUUUCUGGGACUUUUCUUCCUAUCGAGCUUUUUGACGGAGGCGUGUCUGACUCGGAUCCUCUUUCUCCAGUGCUGAUGGCCGACAGACCUCGAGGGGCGUGAUCACGACCUUUCAGCCUGGCCCCCGAGCCUAUCCUAGCCUGUCUGUGUCCUGGCCCACUGCCCUUCUGCCCACAGGUGGUCCCACCGGCCCGGCACAUCUGGGUCCUCAGCGAGCCCCCACCUCCAUAUAGAGCUGGUGGGGGCCCCUGGUGCCACCGCCCCGGCCUGAGAUUGCCAGGCAGCCGCCAGAGCUGCUUGUAGGGGGGACAAGCCAGGGCCAGGACGUGCAGCCACUGCAGGUGUCCCCACGGCCCCUGCUCGAGCAGGACCGGGGAGGGAGGAGAGGUCUGGCGCCACUGCACCAGCGACAGCGUUGGUGGCUGGCUCGUCGGAGGGCCGGCCGUGGUCUAGGGCCGUCUGCAAGGUAGACCCUGAACCGUGUGUGUUGUAGGUAAUAGUAGGAGACGGGCUGCCGCCAGCCACCUGCAGCCCGUUACACGUCCUCGAGAUGUAUCCUAACUUGAGUGCUAGCCGUGGCGACAGGCGUAACGUGUGGGGAAUAAAUAGACAUCGUGACCUCU